GGGCCGCGUUCGCUCCCCGGAAGCCAGAGCAGGCUGCCCGGUGCGCAGGAGCAUGACAGCGCUGCUGGCGAGGCUGCUUCGGCUGCAGCGCUGCAGGAGAAGUGCUUCAGGUAAACAGCUUCUGGGAUUGUCCUCCCUGAACAAUGACAUCCUAUCGCAGUCCUGCCGGAACUAUCGAGCAGUGCUGUGCACUGAGCUGACAAAGCCAUUGAUUAUUAGGAACCUCCCAUCCCCUUCUCUGCAGCUCCAUGAGGUCAGGGUUGGCGUCCAUUACUGUGGAGUAAAUUUUGCAGAUAUCUUGGCCUGUAAGGGUCUGUACCAGGAGAAGCACUGCCUUCCAUUCACUCCUGGAAUGGAGUUUUCAGGGAUGGUGAUGGAGACUGGAGCGAAUGUCAGCACAGUGCAGGAGGGAGACAGGGUAAUUGGUGUGACUGGCACUAGUGCAAUGGCUGAGGAGUGUGUAAUUGAUCAGAAGAUGCUGUGGCCAAUCCCAGAAGGUGUUUCUUAUGAAGAAGCUGUGGCACUGCCUGUGUCUUAUGGCACAGCCAUUUUGGCCCUGGAACAUAGAGCACGCACGCAGCCAGGGGAAACAGUUUUAGUGACAGCAGCCGCUGGGGCCACGGGGCUUGCUGCUAUCGAUGUAGCCGCUAACGUUCUCAAGGCAAAGGUGAUAGCAGCAGCUGGAAGUGAUCACAAAUGCAACCUGGCCCUGCAGAAGGGUGCAGCCCACAGCGUGAAUUACAUCCAAGGGAGCCUAAAGGAGGAGGUGAAGAAGCUUACAGAUAACAGGGGAGUCAAUGUAGUUCUUGAUGCUGUUGGAGGGGACAUCUUCAAGGAAGCGUUACAUAGUUUGGCUUGGGAGGGCAGGAUUGUGGUGGUGGGUUUUGCUGGAGGAGCAAUCCCCUCUGUCCCAGCCAACCUGCUGCUUCUGAAGAAUGUGUCUGCCUUGGGAGUGUUCUGGGGUCGAUACCGGGAAGAGGACUUUCCUGUUUUUUCGUCAUCCAUCUCCUCUGCUCUUUGGUACUGCCAGGAAAGACGGAUCCAACCUCAUGUGGGAGCGGUCUUCAACCUAGAAGAGGUGAAUGAAGCCUUUAGCCGUGUAACCCAGCGCAAGUCAACAGGAAAGAUCGUCAUCUCAAUUAAAUAAAUCAGCCUGUUUCCUCAGGACACAGCCCCUGCUGCCGUUGGACUAAUCAGCAGAAUCACUCUUCUGGCUUAUGGAUGCAGACAGCCAAGUUGCGUCUACCCUAUGAUUUCUUGCAUGAUUUGUUUACCACCACCAUUAAUGUAGAGGGCUACGGGCUCCUGCUUAGGGUUAGAUGACAUGAUGGUAUAAAUACUUGUGCCCAUUUCUAGAAUUGGUGGAGUUGCACUGACACUAGACAAACAAUGCCAGGAGUCCUAGGGGAGACAAGCUUUCACUGUGACGGGAAGAGGGAGAAUAGUUGCAGAACAGUGCAAUUAAUACAAAAGUAAACCAGACUCUCUUUAAAGGAAUCACCACUGGGAAAUCUCCUUAAAUCUCCAGGUCAGCCAUGAGUUUUUAAUUGCAGUCAGACGCUUUGUCUCAUGACUUUCGUGACGUUACCUUUCCACAUAAGCAAAGUGUUUUUAGCUUCUUGUAAUGCAAUUUAAGAGCUGGAAAUGAGAAGGGGAAUUAGUGCCGUGAGGCCAGUCAGUGCUCCACCCACUAUUCGAGAGGAGUUGCCGUUGGUUGUGAUAGAGCGGCACUUCUGUAUGUAGCCAUUACAAAACAGUCAGCUAGAACCAGGCAGCUUGGGGUGAGGGGUAGAGUUGAAAUGAAGAGACAUGUAAAAACAUGAGGUGGGAGCACAACUUUUGCAACGGUAUAACCAGCCAUUGGUCCAUAUCUCCUGUUGCCCUGCCUUAAGCAGUGGCUGCCAUUGCAUCAGAAGAACCAAACAACCCCCCAAUAAUUGCUUUACCCAGCCACUUGCUUGUGGCACAAAAGACUUCAUCCCUGACUCCUGUGUCAGCUCAGCUUGGUCCCAAGAGGCAUAAUUACACGGAUGGUGACUUUGGUGAGUGUCGCUGCGAACAGGAGAGACUUCAGUCUGAGAGCUGUUAACAAACACCAUUGGCUCUCUCGAGCCUGCCUGAAAAGAGCUGGACCCAUCACAUCCUGCUGAACAUGCUCUGGUAGAACUAUUUGAUGUGAUAAUACCUAAAUUCCUCCAUGCUGCUCUGACUUGCAGUCCAAAUCUGUGUGCCUCAGAACUUCCGUCAGACUGGAGCGCUUUCUAAAUGUACAAUAAGCCUUCUGGUUUUCUUAACAUGACUUUGCUGCGGCUGUGGAGACCAGGCUGCCUUGCUCUUGUCUUUGCUGCUGUGGAGCGAUGACCAGCUACCCUGGCUUCUGUCCAGUAAUUUGGAGGAGCCUGUAAAAGUCUUUCACUCCUUAAAACAUGGCUGAUUCCUCAGAUUGCUACCAGCUUCCUGCUGCAGGAGGCUGGUGUCUUGGUUGCUUGUUAGUGUCCUACAUAGUUGUGAACAGUUAGAAAAGUUCUGCAAAAUGACAGCUUGUUCAAAUAAGCUUCAGACUAAGAGGUCCUGAUGGUCCCUUCUAACCUUAGAGUCUGUGAAUCUAAGCUGUGGGACUGGGGGCCACAAACAUAAGAAUGGCCGUACCAAAGGUCCAUCUAGCCCAGGGUCCUGUUUUCUGAUAGUGGCCAAUGUCAGGUGUUUCAGAGUGAAUGAACUGAACAAGUAAACAUCACAUGAUGUAUCCUCUCUUGCCCAUUCCUAGCUUCUGGCAAACAGAGACUAGGGACACCAUCCCUGUCCAU